GCGAGGACAGCAGACUGUUUACAGGGGUGCUGUUCUGGUCAAAUCUGAGCCUCUGGGGCGACUCAGCACCGCGGACACGCCUGUCAGGCCGGGCGCAGCUGAAUUCCACCUGGAUGUAUCAUCGUGUACCGUCACAUGACGAACAUUCAAAAGUUAGGAACCGAAAUCGAAAGUGAGUCAGAGCGCAGAGGGAGGUGCGGAGUCUGAGUCAGCGCAGAGAACCGCUCUUCAGCGCAGUCUGUUCGAGCCGCUGCGGUCAUGUGCUUCCUCUGGUCUCCUCUCGUCCUGUUCCAGAAACUCUUCUCCACACGUCCACCCGGUGUGAAGCGACAUGGUGAAGAGACGCCGGUGUUCUUUGACCUGGAGACCACAGGACUGGACACUGCUGGAUGUGAUAUAGUCCAGCUCUCAGCCGUCAGUGGAGACCAGGUUUUUAACGUCUACAUGCUCCCUCGCUGCCCCAUAACCGAAGGCGCCUCUAGAGUUACAGGCCUUACCACCAAAGGCCGAAAACUUUUCCUGCACAGGCAGCCGGUGGAUACAGUCCCAGUGCAAGAGGCUCUGAUGUCAUUCAUCUCCUUCCUGAAGACCUUCAGUAAACCAUUUCUAGUGGGUCACAACUGUAAGCGGUUUGACUGCCCUAUUCUGCUGCGCAUCCUGAGGGAGUUCUAUCUGCUGGACCAGUUCAGAGGUGUGGUGUUAGGCUUUCUGGACACACUGCUUCUGAGUAGAGAGAUGUUUGCACUACAGAAGUACUCUCAGCCCUACCUGGUCCAGCAUUUCCUCCAAAAGAGCUACAGAGCUCACAAUGCUACCGAGGACGUGAAAGCACUGCAGGAUCUGUACACAGUAUGGAGGCCAAAUACAGAGCUGCUCAACAGGCACAAGUUUAUCCUGUAGCAGACCCAGGAGUCGGCUAGUUUAUAUGCUUUUAUUAGUGAGUGCAGUAGUAACUUCAUUCAUAGUAGCUACUGAAUAAGUUUGGGGUUUAAGGGAUCAUUGGGGAGCUAGAACAGUUAUGACUUAUGCGAGUUAACCUUUAACACCUGAAGUCCAGUUAUUUCAUACAAGACUCAUUUUGAUAUCUGAUCUUUUACACAGCACAUUGUGCAAAUUUACUGGCACUUUUAACCUAUCGGUAAAAAGUUUUGAAACGGUUAAUACCUCCUUUAAGACAAGUAGUAACAUUCAUGCAACUCUUCAUUUGGAAAACUGAUCAAUCAAAUGGACACACAGUUGUUGAGGUGUGAAUAUGCAGUUCAGUGCAGUUUUGCAUUUGAGCAAUUUUGUUUCAUCUUAAAUGAUUCAAUUACAUUUGACUUCAUGAACUCAUUUGAUUCACCAAAUACCUUAAAUGACUGUCAUUUAAAGUCCAUCUCUACUUUAACAUUUUAAUAAACCCAUCAACUGAUGUCUUGAAGGUGCUGUUUUCACUAAUCAGGCUGAUAAAAGCUGAGUAAUAGUCUGCAAACGUAGACCUGCACAUCAAACACUGAUCGUAUUAGCAACAUUCAAUACAAUGAUUUUAGAGCUGGAUUGAAAUAAAACAUUUUCUCUCUGUAGUUUAUCAAAUAUGCGACUACAAACGCAGGCCUUAGGAUCCACACGAGACGACGGUCAAUCCAUUUUUAAAUGCGUUUUAUUUUGUCCGGUUACUCCAGUACUGUUCUCUGUGAUAGCUUAUGUUGUGUAUAUGAAUACUCAAAAUGUUUCUCCCAGCAUACAUCAGAUUACUGUCUGUACACUGUAUUGCAGAAUAUCUCAAAUCUGAUUAAAGUACUGAAAAAAAUGUUU